CAAAUGGCGGACGUUGUAAACAGAGCCAGCACCUUCUUCACGACCGUGAGAAAUCUGAUGUUUUUAUGAUGAAUAACGUUGAAUGUGAGCGUAUGGACAGCUUGGAGGGAUGGGUGGCAGUAAAAAGCAACAUAUUUGAGGAAACCGAGACAUUUAAGCUCGGUUUUAUUGUACAGUGGAACGUGAUCGAGGGGAAGUUCGCUGUCACUUGUCACAAUCGGACUUUGCAAAGGCAGAGACGUAAAGCUCAAGUGUCGGAGGAUUGUCAAAUGAGCUGGGCAGGUCUUUUCUCUGUGAACGAUUUAAAAAACAUACACCAACAGUUUUCAUGUGUCGCAGACAUUUUAGGAAACUCUUUCCCGGAUCUGUCGGAGUUUGAAGACGGGAAUAUUUGGGAUUUGCUCUUCCUGAACCGGAGAGCUAGUCCCGGAGAGGAGGACGAUGAGAGGGAUUUUGACACGUCGUGCAGAAAACUGGAGAAAUAUUUUAGCACGGCCAUUGAUGUCUGCGGGCGGAAAAUAGUCCUAGAUACACUGUUUUCCCAAAAUGAGCAAGAUGUGGAGGAUUACUUUGAAAAUCUGCAGGAGUUUAAGAAGAAGAGCAUGCAGGAGGAGAUGUCUCGUGCCAAAAGUGAACUGCGACAGUUGCUGCAGAGCCACACCACAGCGGACAGCAUGGUGGCGCUACUCGACAUUUACCAACAAGAGGAUGACACCUACCAUGACCUGGUCACCGUGGCGACGACCUUUUUCCAGUUCUUGCUGCAGCCGUUCAGAGACAUGAGGGAGCUGGCCUGCCUCUACAAGAUGGAGAUCCUGAAAUCAUUGGAGUUUGAAGACUUGGGUCCCAAAAGGAUCGCAGAGCUGCAGAAGGAGGCAGAGGAGUGGAGAGUUAAAGCAGAAAACGCGGUGGCUUCAAUACAAGACAUCACAGUCAACUACUUCGCUCAGACAUCUAAAGCUUUGGCAGGGAUGGUGAGGCAGAUGGCGGAGGAUAAGAGCCGUUUCGGAGGAGCGGCCUGGGCUUGUGUGACUCCUCGGCUGGAAAAACUGCACUUCCUUUUGGCCAAAGAGACGCUGCAGCACAUGAGAGCCACCGAGAUGUGUCUGAACCGCAAGAAGAACGACAUCAAGAACAAGAUGGAAGCCCUGUCCGCCCCGCACAGUCCUGACUCUGGUUCUGGUCCAGACUCGGAGGACUCUGUGGACCAGCUGGAGCUCAGGUUUUAUGAGACACAACUAGAACUUUAUGACGCAAAGUUUGAAAUCCUGAAGAACGAGGAGCAGCUGCUGAUGGCUCAGAUCGACACUGUCCGAAGGCAAAUCAAAGAGCUGAAUGAGGAGGUGGUGUAUUAUGAUGUGUGUGAGGACCCGGAGGAGCUGCAGAGCCUGGUCCAAACCGGGAUCCAGACCGAGUCCCCAGUUCUCCGACAGCUCAAAAAACGACUUCAAACUCUGGAAACCAAGAGAGGCAGCAUCUGUGCAAGAAGAGCCUACCUCAGGAACAAGAAGGACCAGUGUGUUGAAGCACGUGAGCAGAAGCAGGUGGCGGCUGAAGAGUCGACCAAAGUCUUCACCCAGCACCACCAAGUUCACCUGAAGCGGGAGAAGAGGAGGGAGGAGGAGCAGCAGAGGAAGCAGUGGGUGGAUCAAGAGAGAGAGAAGACGCUCAGCCGAUUACGCUCCUUCAGAGAGAAGCGUCAGGGGCAGUACAUUUUGAAGACGUCCCAGUCAAAGCCCCCCUCCCCUGGGUCAAAUCAAGACCCUCAGCCCUUCUCCAUCAUCAGCCUGGGUCCCACCGCGGUUCCUUCGACACGCCCCACCCCGAAAACCAGAAACACUCCCAAAACCAAGAAGGAGCCGGGAAAACCCAAAGAUAUACCAGUUCAGAUCUUCACCGGACCCCCCAUGACACCGCCAUCCUGCCCUCCCCCUCCUCCACCACCGCCUCCGCCUCCUCCUCCUCCGCCUCCACUGCCCCCUAGUGGUGUCCUGAAAACGGAAGAUGAGCCUAAACCGCUGAGUGAGAGGAAAGAGCCACCGUUUCCAGCUAAAAACACUUUGAAACAGAAUAUAGGCACCAUGGACGAGGUGUUGGCGUCACUGCAGCGUGGGCAGAUCCAGCUCAGAAAAACCCCUGCUCCCGUGACAGCGCCCCCCGCGGGUGACCUGAGGAGCAGCCUGAUGUCGGCUAUUCGACAAGGAGUCACUCUCAAGAAGGUGGUUCCUGUUCGGUGCGAGGGUCAGAGCAGUGUCGAUAAUGAGCUGGAGAGGAGCAUAAAAGCCGCCAUGUUGAGGAUGAAGAAGGUUUCAUCCGAGUCUGAUGAAGACGAUGCUCAGAGCGGAGAAUGGGACAGCUGAAGACGCCGCGGUCCCGACAACAACCGACUGUGCCACAAUGAUAUUACAAACCUGUGCUUUUUACAAAACACGGCAAAAAAAUCGAACUGCGUUGAUGUAACUGUUAAAGGUGCACUAUGGAACUUUUCUAAUGUCUCUACAGAGAUAUUAUUGCUUUGCCUGAAAUGUUUCACAAUCGGCAUCUGUCUCCAUGGAACUUCACCAGACCAAGUUACAUAUCAGAUCUGUGAAGAUGCGACCCACGCUAACAGAAUGCACGUUUUAGGAUUAUUUUUGAGCAAGUGAGUGAAAAUGCAUGUCAAAUAAAUGCAAUAUAAAUAAAUGUAAUGCCAUAUUGUGGAAUAUUCCAGGCAAAGCAAAAACACCUCCAUGGAGACGUGGAGGUAGCGGACCCUCCACCAGAAGUUACACAGUGCACCUUUAAAUGGAGAGUUCAGUGGUUAGUGAACUCCUCACUGGGUUGGACGUUUUGUUUUAAAAUCUUAGUUAGAAUCAUAUUUUAAUCGCUGCUGUUUUUUUUUUGUUUUUUUUAAUACCAAAAUGAACUCUGACGAGGGCUAAAACAAUGAACUAUUAACUUUAGAAUAGACAAUUUCAACCUUUCACUUUUAUUUGACAUAAUUUAAUAGUUCUGAAUGAAAUUGGCUCUGUGCACAGUAGCACGCUAGCUAGUUCACUGUGUCUCAAAACUAAUGCUAAUUUGUAUUAAAAGUGUAAAAUAUAAAAUAACCAACCUAUUAAAAUUCUAAUUAAUUAAAAGAGAAGAUUAUUGUUACAUGUAGAAUACUUCAGCUUGUGAUGUUCUUUUAAUAUUUAUUUUUCCUCAAAAUUAGCAUUAGCAUUGAGACACAAACAUCUCUCUUUCUAAACACAAGUGUCCUCCAGUUGAAGUGUUCAUUUUAUUUUAUUUAACACGGUGACAUCCAUCCAAAGCUCCCUGUCCACUGACUUAACUUUAAUUUUUAUUUUUUAUUUUAGCGUGACUCGGCCAAAACCUCACAGAGAUAAGAUUGAACAGGAAGUAGCGACGCCAACAGUGACGUUGGCGACGCUGUUGUGCACAGAGUCUUUUUGCUUUGUUAAAUCUAUAUUUGAGCUGAAACACAGGACGGUUAUUUGUAGCACAUUUCUGUCUCAGUUUGUCAAUGUCACGUCUUUUGUUUUUUGAUUGUUGAAGUUAAAAUGAAUGACUUAAAGACUUGUUUAUAUUUAAGGGGAAUUACAAAAUGUAGCACUGAACCCAGCCCCAGCUUUGUUAAUAGUAAAGAUAAUAAAGACUUGUACGGACAAAGCCAAGCCCAUUGUGGCUCCAGAAGUAACUCUCCCAUUCGUUUUCCCCAUAGACCCUCCUAAAAAUUCAAAUAUUAGCACAACAGUGGCUACGAAUACUCAUGAUGCAGUUAUUCUGUCCAAAAACAAAAUUCUGUUAAAUGUUAAAGUGUCAAUUCACAUCAAAUUCACAUUAUAUUUUACCACUGAAAGGUUUAUACGUGGGAAUACAAAAGCACAUGGGAGUUUUAUGUCAAGACGUGAGCUUGGACUGUUGAGCUGGACGUUUAAGUGACAUGGGGACAGGUAGAAUUACUGUUAUUUUGCUUAUUUUGUGGUUUUAGGUGAGUAUAGCAGGAUAAUGGGCCUUGUCGCUAUUAUAAAAGACCGGGUUCAACAUAUAUAGACUUAAAAUUUUAAUAUUCCUUUUGACAAAACCAUAGACGUGAGUUCACACUGCAGUUUCACAAAGGCCUUAGAGACGGCUGCAGUUUUCAGGAUGCAACUGGAACUUAUUAAAGGGCCCAUAUUACACUAUUUUCUGAUCUACGUUAUAAUGUUUCUUCGUCACAAACAGACCUGGAGUCGUUUUUGUUCCAUUCACCCAAGUUUAACACACCACACCCUGCAUAUUUACGCUGUGUUCUUCUCUCAAACAGAAAACACUCUGUCCCACCUUGUGAUGUCAUCAUGUGGUGAUACAGGAAGUGCUCCGCUGUGUAUUUAAACUCCACACACCUUCACUAGAAUCAUUUGGAUGAUUUCAACCGCGGAAUCGCCGAUCUCGACCGAACUAAAGUUAAAAGGCAGUUGUUAACUUGAAAACUACCACUUUAUGACAUCACAAGGUGGAACAGAGCAUUUUGAGCUUUGGAGAUGUUACAGACUAAUAAUAAAGGGUUACUCAAACGUGUGAAUGAAACAAAACACAACUCCAGGUCUGUUUUUGAUGAGGUAACUUCAUUAUAACAUGGCUUAAAGUUCACAAGAGUCAGUUUUGCGUAAUACGGGAACUUUAAGCCGUUUCAAUGUGGCUCUUUUUUACUUAUGUACUGUGUUUGUCUACCCAUCACUGUUG